AUGGCGUCCCCCGCAGCCGGCGGCGAGCCGUCGAGGUCCGCCAUCGUGGCCGACACCACGAGCGGGCACCACCUCCUAACCAUCCACGGCUACUCCUGCACCAACGUUCCCACCGGACAGAAGAUCAGUUCAGCGCCCUUCCAAGUCGGCGGCCACCGCUGGCGCAUCGACUACUACCCUAACGGCACAAACUCGGGGAUCGCGGAUUACGUGUCCCUCUCCCUGGUCCUCGCCGAAGAUGCCACGGCGGCGGUGAAGGCCAAGCACAGCUUCUGCUUCGCCGGGGAGCAGGAGCAAAGGCAAGAAGCAGCGCGGCGGCUGAAGUCGGCGCCGGUGGUCACGUACUCGUCAAGGGGGUGUUGCUUCUUCAACCGCUACUCGACCUUCAUCACAAGGAAGGACCUGUUGAAGUCCGAGAAUCUAAAGAACGACUCCUUCACCGUCCGGUGUGAUAUCGUCGUCGUCCAUGGUUACCGCGCCCAGGAGGCCUUCGUCCCCGUGCCCGCGUGCGACCUCGGGACGGACCUCGGCAAGCUCCUUGAGACCGAGAAAGGCGCCGACGUGGUGUUCGAGGUCGACGGCGAGACCGUCGCCGCGCACCGGUGCGUGCUCGCGGCCCGCUCCUCGGUGUUCGCGGCUGAGCUCUUCGGGCCAAUGAAGGAGGGCAAGGCCGAUGGCUGCGGCAUCGUGCGUGUGGAAGACAUGGAGGCGGAGGUGUUCAAGGCGCUGCUCCGUUUCGCGUACACCGGCACAUUGCCUGAGACGAUGCUCAAGGAAGAGGAGGAUGUCACCUGCCAGCAUCUGCUCGUCGCGGCUGACAGGUUCGACAUGGGGCGGCUGAAGUUGAUGUGUGAGGAGAAGCUGCGCGGGUACAUCGACGUUGGCACCGUGGCGAUCAUCCUUACGCUGGCCGAGCAGCACCGCUGUGAGGCGCUGAAGAAGGCGUGCUUCGAUUUUCUGGCCAAUCCGACCAAUCUGAGGGCCGCCAUGUCCAACGACGGCUUGCGACAUCUGAGCGCGAGCUGCCCGUGUCUUUUGGCUGAGCUCAUGGCUAUGUCCUUGGAGCAUUAGCUGAGUGAUCGACGCCCAGUAGUAAUGAGCAGUCUUAGGAUCGGUACAUCUCUGCAUCUAUCCUAAAUUACUACCAAGAUGCAAAAUGUUGCUACAU